AUGCCUCUCACACAAGCUCGCGGAGGGGCGGACCAGGGAAGGGAGCCGUCGGGUGAUGAGCCCAGCGACGGCAGCAGCUGGUCGCAGACCAGCGAGGGGUCGGCAAACGAUGGAACCCCUGCCGUCGGCGAGCAGCAAGGAGGGACCGCGGGGGCCAGCGGCCCCAACAACAUGGUGUCAGAAGUCGUACGAACCCUCACAUCUUCACGGGAAGGUGGCGUGCUACUCCACGCAAAGGCGCUCACGCCGGCAGACAGCCGCGUCAGGGACUCGCCGUGCCGCGGGGUCGCGAGUGCGGAGUCGGCCGUUGCCAUCCCCGUGGUGGCAGAGCCAUCGCCGCGACAUUGCUCCAAGCUGAAGGCGCAGCCCCUGCAGCGGCUCGCCCCCACGGCCCUGCUGAUACUGCUGGCGGCCGAAGGGAAGGGCUUCCUCCACUCGAGGGGCCUGCACACGGCGCCCUCUCGAUGGGAGGUACGAUCGGCGGUGCUCUCCGAUGAUCGCGUUGUUCGCCCGCAGCUCUACGCCAGGGAGAAGAAGAAGUUUGGGAAGGCCGACUCGGACGGCGUCCAGGGUCUCAACAUCACCGAGUUCCUCGCCUUCGAGCACCCCGAGGAGUUUGACUACAUGCAGGACUCGGUGCUGGAGGAGGCUCUGCUGGAGCACGACAAGGAUGGCGACGGCUUCGUGAACCUCGCCGAAUUCCUCGGAGACUACCACCGGGACCCGACGGCAGAGAGCGACCCCGAGUGGGUGAUCACCGAGACGGACAAAUUCACCAGCGAGUUCGACAUCGACCACGACGGGAAGCUCAACCCGAGCGAGCUGCUCUCCUGGCUGAUGCCCAACAACCUGGAGGUGGCCGAGGACGAGACGGAGCACCUCCUGGAGCACAUGGACACGGACGGCGACGGGCAGCUGUCGCACGACGAGGUGGUGCAGAACAAGGAGCUCUUCCUCACCAGCGAGGUCACGGACUACGGGCGGCAGCUCGGGGAGCAGUACGCUCACCACGAGGAGCUGUGACCGUGCCCGCAUCGUCGCCACCGCCCGCCUGCCGUCACACCGCCCCUCCGCCCGCCUUCCCGAGUCUCCGGUCCCGUGACGCGGUUCCAGCCGUGUGCGCCAACCGUCCGCAGGUUGAACAGGGAGAAGCGUUUGAUUUUGUUUAACCGACCCUAGGUAAGGCACACGGAUGCCGUCUACUCGCUUUCAGGAGGGGUUCCUGCAUUUAGAUAUUUGGCCAACACCAAUGGUCAUGUCGUGUGUAUUUUUAGCUGAGGGAGGCGAAAUCGGUGAAUCCGGCUGGCAACCCGUGUAGAAGAGGGGGAGAGUGUACACACUCCUAAGACAAAAGAUCUCCCCGUUAUAGCCUUCACAGACUGUCAGGGCAAGUGCUGCUAGCGAGCACCUAUGAAGGCUGGAAGGGCACACGAGGGCGUGUUUGGCCAACACCACGCCCGGCCACCUUUGUCUCCCCCGUGUUGAUGUUUACACACCGCGCCAGGUACUCAUUUAAGACCGAGCCCCCCAAGGGGAAGUUGAGGAUCAGUUCAGAUAUUUGUCAAUGUUAUUGAUCGUGUGCGGGAAUCAGACUCGGGUCGCUGGGUUCGUUGUGCAGUGCACUAACCACUACACUACUGCUCUACACACUCAGCACUCACACUGUAGUACAGGGGUAGAACAUACAAACUCCACUCACUCUGUAGAACAGGGGGAGAUCAUACAAACUCCACUCACUCACUCCACACUCUGUAGAACAGGGGGAAAUCACACAAACUCCACUCAAUCAUUCUCUAGGACAGGGGGAGAUCAUACAAACUCCACUCACUCCACACUCUGUAGAACAGGGGGAGAUCACACAAACUCCACUCAUUCAUUCUGUAGGACCGGGAGAGAUUAUACAAACUCCACUCACUCACUCCACACUCUGUAGAACAGGGGGAGAUCACACAAACACCACUCCACUCACUCUGUAGAACAGGGGGAGAUCAUACAAAAUACACUCACUCUGUAGAACAGGGGGAGAUCAUAGAAACUACACUCACUCAUUCUGUAGGACAGGGGGAGAUUAUACAAACUACACUCACUCCACACUCUGUAGAACAGGGGGAGAACAUACACACUCCACUCUCAAUCACACUAUAGGACAGGGGGGGAACACAUAAACAACAAGCGGAAAGGCUCCCGAGUCAGGAAUGGAGCCCAGGCCCUGCUUGCUGUGAGGCGCGAGUGUCACCCCAGCGUCACCCUGCCACCCCGAGACGUUACGUCAAAAAGAAGCGUGAGAGUGGUCGGGUUGGGUGUAACUCUGUACAUUCUGAAAGUGGUGAACAUCACGGGAGAGGGAGCUGCUGCUCUCAUGAGCAUCGAGGCAUUGGGUGCUCAUUUGCCCGCUCACAGCCCCGAACCGUUGGGGUGGAACUUCCACAUUCCUGUCGUGCGGGGGGACGAGUACUCUCCCGUCACCCAAGCACUUGUUCAAAUUCCACGCAAAAGUGGCCAAGUCAAAAGCUGAGACAGUCAGUGGUGCGUACCCACGUGCCGCAAGUCCCCCGCCCGUACGACAAGUAUCAACCCUGGCGACGUAUUGGUGGGCCGUGGGGGCAGCCCGCUCUGUGUGUAACCAAUUCCAUGCAGGACACCAGAGCUCUGUUAAUUUUUUGUUGUUGGUUGGAACGGUCCAUUUCUGUCUGGGAGGGGUGUUUCCUGACACAGACCACUGCCAUGCCCCGCCCCUGCCCCACCGCCGUGCGUGCCGUUGCGUGUUGUCCUUGGGGGCGCUCGGAGUGAGAAGGAGAGAGAGAGACCCCUUUCUGUCGUUUCCGAGCGAGCGUACUCAGAGAGAGCGCGCGAUUCUCUCGGCCCUUCCGAGACCACCGACUUCCGGCAACGAAAGGGUCGAACGUCGCCUCCCGCCGUUCCCCGGUUGAGUUCGGGGCCCAGGACAAGGCUGAGCGCAGUAGUAACCUCGCGCCGUGACCGUGGGUCUCACUGGCGCGCGCGAGGGGCCACGACGGGAGUCGAACCCUUCCUUACCGUGUUGUGCACGUGGGAGCGAGCGGCGCUGCGGGUACAAUACAAGCAGGCCGCGACGGAAUCGCCGACCUGCUGAUGUUGGCCAAUCUAAUUCAGUGGAUGCUGAUGACCAAGUGGGUGCAGUCUCGCCUCACAGGAGCGCCAGAGGAAAACCAUCCGACUUUCCAGGAUUCCGUGGGUGGGUGUUGACAUGUGGAGAGCACAGUGAGUGUGGUGUUAGGGUGAUGAACGCCAUAAUAUUCAAGGGCAACUUCAUAGCAACUGUCGCUGGCAGUUGUCACCUGCAAUGCAUUUACUACGGGCAACUAUGACAAAGA